GCGUAGCGUAAUCAAACACGAUGGAGAAUCAUGAGGAAGAUGAGCUGGAAGAGCUUCGUUCUACGAUCUACACGUUCCCGCAGAAUGUGCAGAAAGUGAUCGAGCAGGUCUUAACUAUUACCGAUCCAUUAGAUCAACCUAAUUUCAAUGUAGUGGAUCACAUAAACACAUUAUUUCCCACGGAACAAUCACUGUCAAAUAUUGAUGAAGUGGUGAAUAAAAUAGAAAAUAAGAUACAUACUAUUGACAAAGAGAUACGGUCAGUCGUACGUGGUCAGACAAAUGUGGGUCAAGAUGGUAGAGCAGCAUUGGAAGAUGCACAGAAGGUGAUAAAGCAAUUAUUUAUCCAUAUAAAAGAUAUAAAAGACAAGGCGGAGCAGUCUGAAGAAGCGGUCAAGGAAAUUACAAGGGACAUCAAACAGUUGGAUUUUGCUAAGAAGAAUCUUACUGCUUCAAUAACAGCACUGAAUCAUUUGCAUAUGCUUGUGGAAGGAGUGGAUAAUUUAAAAAUAUUGACGCAAAAGAAGCAGUAUGGAGAAAUUAUCUUACCAUUGCAAGCAGUCAUGGAAGUGAUGCAAAAUUUUAAUAGCUAUAUGGACAUACCACAAGUGAAGCAAUUAUCUGAUCAAGUACGUCAGAUCCAGGAUGAAUUGGCCCAGCAGAUUACAGCAGAUUUCAAGCAAGCCUUUUCAGGCCAGAAUCCAAAACAUUUCAAUCAGUUGACUGAAGGAUGUUUAGUAUUAUCAGUAUUACACCCUAAAGUAAAGAAAGAUCUGCUCGUUUGGUUUGUAAAUAUCCAAUUACAAGAAUACGCACAUUUAUUUGAUGAAAAUCAGGAUUUUGCCUGGUUGGAUAAGAUAGAUCGAAGAUAUGCGUGGAUCAAGAAACAUUUACUCGAUUUCGAGUCGAAGUUUGGUACAAUUUUUCCUCAAGACUGGGAAAUUUCCGAGCGAAUAGCUGUACAAUUUUGCCAUGUCACACGAGAAGAUCUUACUAAAUUAAUGAAUAAGAGACGUAAUGAAAUAGAUGUUAAAUUAUUGCUGUACGCGAUUCAGAGAACCAGUAAUUUUGAGACGCUACUAUCGAAGCGUUUUAUCGGCAGUACUUUGGAGACUUCCGAUGCUAAGACCAUGCUAAUUAGUAAUAAAGUUGUGGAGAAGGUUCCGGGAAAUCCUUUUGAAGAAGAUGAAGAGAAGAUUGAAAAUGAAAAACCGCAAUCAUCUCCAUUCGAAAAAUUAAUAGGAAGAUGUUUCGAACCAUACUUGAACAUUUAUAUAGAAAGUUUGGAUCGCAAUUUGGCAGAUUUGAUGGACAAGUUCGUAUCCGAUUCUAAAACGCAACCGCCAGGUGCUAAGGAAUUUGACGGCAUCGAAGGUCCGAGUAGCGUCUUGAGUUCGUGUGCCGAUUUGUUUGUAUUUUACAAAAAAUGCAUGCUGCAAUGUACGCAACUCAGUACUGGCUUAAUCAUGCUAAGCCUUGCCGAGACCUUUCAAAAGUACUUACGAGAGUACGCUGUAAAGAUUUUACAGAAUAAUUUACCCAAAAUCGGAGGCAGUGUAGGAAUUGGUACCAGUAUGAGUAAUAUCACACGUGACUUACGAGAUAAUUUGUCAACGUCAGGCUUUAUUCAAAAUUUUCAAAGUUUUCUGAAGGAAGGAGAAACUGCCAGAUUUAGCAAAGAGGAGCAAUCUCGUAUAUGCUGUAUUUUAACAACAGCAGAAUAUUGUUUAGAAACGACACAGCAAUUAGAAGAGAAACUUCGUGGAAAAACAGAUAAAUGCUGUUCGGAAAAAAUAAAUUUAUCUCAAGAACAGGAUAUCUUCCACAAUGUGAUUUCAAAUUGUAUCCAAUUGCUAGUUCAAGAUCUGGAAGCAGCGUGCGAAUCCGCAUUGACUGCAAUGACCAAGGUGCAAUGGAGUUCUGUAGAAAUUGUGGGCGAUCAGAGUAAUUAUGUUAAUACAAUAAUAGCACACCUUCGACAAACAAUACCAACCAUACGAGAUAGACUAUCUUCUUGUAGAAAAUAUUUUACACAGUUUUGUGUCAAGUUCGCCAGCUCUUUCAUAGCAAAAUUAGUACAGCAAUUAUUUAAGUGUAAGCCAUUGAAUGCCGUUGGCGCAGAACAACUGUUAUUAGAUGUUCAUAUGUUGAAAACAGCCUUGUUGGAUCUUCCAUUGACAGGUUAUCAAAUACAGAGAAAAGCUCCAGUAACAUACACGAAAGUUGUAGUCAAAGGCAUGGCAAAUGCUGAAAUGAUAUUGAAGAUUGUAAUGUCUCCAAUUGAAUCUCCUAAUGAUUUCGUGAAACAGUGCAAUAAACGCUUACCUGAUUUACAGUCUUCAGAAUUCCAAAAAAUUUUAGACAUGAAGGGAUUGAAAAAGAUGGACCAAGAUCAAUUGCUUAAACAAUUUAAACAAUCUGAAAAUACGGAUGUUGCAGAAGCCACGAAAAAUUAUGUAGUACAUAAUAGUCCAGAACAUGAAGCUGGAAGAAUUAAGAGACUAGAAAAGCUCAUCAAGAAACGAAUUUGAGGAUACUAGAUAUAAUAUUUAUUCUAACUGUAUAUAGAUAAAUUUAGGA